AAAUCGAGCGUGUGUUUUGUUCGCUUUGUGUGUCGCCGCGUCGCGUCCGAUGGAUAUCGGAGUGAUUUCGCCUGUAUAAAACUUGUUAAAAAACUGAUUUCUGAAUCAAUAAACUUUUUGACCGCCAUGGCGAACUCAAUAAUGAGAUUGGGACUACGUUCCGUGAUUAACUUGGAGAAGAGCGCGGGUGUUAUGUUUUUACCCAGUGUUAAAAUCCAACAUAAGUUAAUUCACACGAAACCAACGUGCAACGGAUCGGUGUGUCACCUGGAAGACAGGCCGCGACACGUCAAACGUGAAUCGCGGGAGAUCACCGAGUUGCCUCACAGCUCAUUAAGACGUUGUUACAGCAAACAACAUGGCCGACCGGAAAUAGACAGAAGGAAACAGCCCGAUUCGGAAUCUGAUUCCGACUCUGACACCGAGUGUAAGGGGCUGGACCGGUCUGAGUUCUGGCGCCGCAAGAUGCGUACCGUCCACAACAUCUUAGACGUGGACAAGGACGGGCUGAUCUCGUACAACGACUUCUUGCUGUUCGCUGAAAGGUUCAAGUCUCUCGGCCACCUCGACGCGAAGCAGGCGAAGGAAUUCACCGACAUCAUCAAGAUGACAUGGGAGCAACAAUGGGGCACCAUAGACCCGUACAAUUUCGUGACGGUGGAACAAUACUUGGAGGACAUGCAUCACGUCCUCAACGACAAGACUCUCAAGAAGAAAGCUCACCGCUGGCUGCCUUAUCUGUUCAAGGCCGUCGACGCAGACCGCUCCGGUUACAUAUCGGUCCGUGAGUUCAAGUUGUUCUUUGAAUGUCUCGGACUGACGAGCGAGCACGCGGCCGUCGCCUUCGCCGGCAUCGACGUUAACGGGGAUGGCAAGGUGUCCUUGAAGGAGUUCGUCCAGCUCGGCAAGGAGUUCUUUCACACUGAAGACGAGACCAGAGUCUCCAAGAUGUUCUGGGGACCACUCACCGACGUUUAAGACUCAUACUUAAGACUCAAUCAAUGACUUAAAAUAUUACUUCACAGCACUCACGACCCGCGUGCCACUAACGCCCUCCCGGGGAAAAUAAUCCGAAUUUAUUAUAAAGUUUUAACGCAUUACCGGAUAAACCAAAAUAUAAUUUGACAAUAUCAAUAUCGUUAACUUAUCGUAACAAAUAUUUCAAGAAAUGCGACCUUUAAAAAAAACCUUUUUAUCUGCCUACCCACUAGGACCUUAGAGCCUUAGAACUUAUAUCUCAAGGUGGGUGGCGCGUUUACG